UUUAUGCCUUUCAUAUCUAACAAAUAAAAUCUUCUUUCAACGAUCCUUGUUGGUCUCUUCGUUCUCUCUUCCUCAAUGAGCUCUCCAAUUCCAGUUCGACCUUCUUUAGAUCAAUUCCAUGGCGGAACAUUGGUGCGUCUAGCGAGUGCAGCACCGUACAAGACUAAUUCUUAGUGAUGAAGAUUGGCCAUCGGAGAGAUCGAAUCUACGAACUUAGUGGCUAUUAGCUCAAGUGGCAGAGCAAUGUGCAAAUAUGCACAAAGAUGCAGGGUGGGGGUUGAUGAGAGUCUGAGCAGACUGAGACGGCCAACUGUGUUUCAUGGCACUACUGGCGCUUGAGGGCGGGGCCGCCACUAGAGCAAAGGCUGCGUACGGCGGCAGACUCGGCGGGACAUGCCUCCGCCACAAGACACUGUGCCAACGAUCGAUUCAGGUGGCGGCAUGCCAGGCCACCACGGACCGGCGGUGGCAAUUCGUCAAGGCUAUAUAUAGCUGAUAAGCUGAUUGUGUUUGUUCACGUUAAACUUGUUCUAGGCACUUGAACUGGCAUGUGGAUAACCUUGUUUGUGCAAACAAGUUGUGGUGACCAGUCUGCAUUUUUUCAUGAGUUUUCAUCUACUUUGCAAGUGCUACUUUUUUCUUGCCUUUUCUUCUUUUUCCCCCACCGUAAGUGCUUCUUUUUUCCCUUUCAAACUGGUUGCCUUUUUUCUUAUAUUGCAUCCACAAUACUUCAUUUCUUAUCAUUUGAAGCUACCAAAGCGGCUAGUCCAAUGCUAGGGAAGUAUUACAGAGAGCACAAGAAACCUGGGUUUAUACAAUUCCAUCUCGUCCCCAUUUUGGUGAAGAGCAUGAGUGAAGAUCACUAUGUUAGUGAUGAAGGAGAGAUUGUUUUCUAUCAGACUGAUCCCCAGCUAAGUUCCAUAAAGAAGCAGUAGAAGACAGCUUGAUAAAGAUUAAAUUUAAAAUUAGCUAUUAUGUUUUGUAUUAGUGUUAAACUUAUUCCAUGGAGUCCUACUACUACUACUGCUACUAAUACUCUAGUGGGAUGAAAAAAGGUCUACACAAAUGGGCUUUUUUGUUAUAAAAAAAACUAAUGCUAGUCAGACCAUGAUUGAUGGGCUUUUUUGUUAUAAAAAAAAACUAAUGCUAAUCAAACCACAAUUGAUUUCUG